AUGUGCAAAAUAUAUCAUAGAUGUGUUUGUUCUAAGAUAGAGAGGUCCCUGGAGACGGGCAACAUGAACAGAGUCGGGGAGUUUGUCUUGCUGGGCUUGUCCACCAGGGCGGACAUAAGGGAUGUCCUGUUUGCUGUCUUCCUGAGCCUCUACACGCUGACCCUCCUGGAGAACACGCUCGUCAUCUACCUCGUGUGCAGUCACAGCGAGCUCUGCAAGCCCAUGUACUUCUUCCUGGGCAACCUCAGCUGCCUGGAGAUGUGCUACGUGUCAGUGACCGUGCCCAGCCUGCUCGUGGGGCUGCGGACCGGUCCCUGCCAUGUGCCCUUCACAGCCUGCAUGACCCAGCUCGUCUUCUUCAUUUCCCUCACCUGCAUGGAGUGCACCCUCCUGGCAUCCAUGGCCUAUGACCGCUACGUGGCCAUCUGCCGCCCACUCCAUUAUCCCCUGCUCAUGAGGCCCCGAGUCUGCCUGGGCUUGGCCCUGUCCUCAUGGCUUGGGGGGCUGCUGGUCUCGGUGGCCAAGACGACAUGCAUCGCUAGCCUGUCCUACUGCGGUCCCAACGUCCUCAACCACUUCUUCUGUGACGUCUCCCCUCUGCUCAACCUGUCUUGCACUCAUGUGGCCCUGACCGAGCUGGUGGACUUCAUCUCUGCCAUCGUCAUCUUCUGUGGGACACUGUUGGUAGCACUGGCCUCCUACUCCGCCAUCGGGGUGGCCGUGCUCCGCAUGCCGUCAGCCGCCGCCCGGCGCAAGGCCUUUUCCACCUGCGCCUCCCACCUGGUGGUGGUGGGCAUCUUCUACUCAGCAGCCCUCUUCAUCUACUGCCGUCCCAGCCGCAUCAAAUCCAUGGACCUCAACAAGGUGCUGUCCGUCGUCUACACGGUGCUCACACCCAUGUGCAACCCCGUCAUCUACUGCCUGCGGAACAGGGAGGUACACGCGGCGCUUCGGAAAACUCUCCACUGA